AUGAACAAGGUAUUAAUAUUACAUACCUCAGCAGAAGAUCUUGAAGUCACUGUGAACAAAGUGAAGAAAGUAAAUUCCAAAAAUGGACCAUUUGAUUAUUGCAUAAUUUUUAGUGACAAGAACAUUUAUCAAUCUAUAAGAGAUUUUAUAAGUGAUGAUUUACCCGUAUUUAUACUGUUUAAUUCUGAGACGAACCUUACAUCUUGUGAAUCUGAAUAUGACCAUCCUUUAGACAAGAUAAUUAAUUUCCAUGGCUAUGGAGUAUACAAACUUGAAAAUGGACUUACACUAGCAUAUUUUACAUACAAUGCAGAUAAUAUGUCAUCACAUAUAUCAAAUAUAAAAGAAAAAUUAAAAACUGUGGCAAUAUGUAAUAUAGAUAUUCUAAUAACUUAUGAAUGGGGUAGGAACAUGUCGGAGGUAACAGAAAGAUUUAAAGGUUUAUCUAUUGUCGACACUGUUGCUGAAAAAUUUCAGCCAAAAUAUCAUUUUAGCUUUAGUGACACUAGUGAAUUUGUUGAAUAUGGUCCAUUCAUUUGGAGAAGUUCAGGAACUCUUUCAAGAUUUUUAAACGUUCCUCAAUAUGGAAAAGGCAGGAAAUGGGCAUAUGCUUUUCAAAUUGAUCCGUCAAAGCCACAUAUUGGAGUAUUUCCAGGAAAUAUUUUAGACAAUCCAUAUGAAAUAACUUGUAAGAAGAGACAGUCCAAUGAACUAUUGUCUAAAACCAGACCUAAAAAGGAUACAAAAAAGAGAAAAAUUCUACCAGAGAUGUGCCAUUUCUGCUUCUAUAAUAAGGAUUUACAAGACCAUAUGAUUAUAUCAAUUAAUGACAAAUCAUAUGUUACUAUAGCAAAAGGGCCACUCAGUCUACCGUCUGGUGAUAUGCCAUUUUCCGGUCAUUGUUUGGUGAUACCAAUCGAACAUAUUCCUAAAUUAAACAACAAUUAUAGUCCGGAUGCCAGACUAUUUGAAUCUCAAUUAUAUAAAGAGAUGAUAGGAUACGAAAAAAGUAUUAUUACAAUGAAUUAUCGGAAAUUUGGUAUGUGCAGUAUUGUAUUUGAGAUCAAUUCUGAAAGGUCAAUCCACUAUCAUAAACAAAUAGUCCCAAUACCAAAACAUUUAAUACUGAAAUUUCAGAAUUCAUUAGAUAGGCAGUGCCAUUAUAAUAACGAAAGGGUUCGCGGUAAUGCCAAAUUAAAUUUUAAAGAGUAUAACAUAGAAGAUUUGGAAUUUAAAAAUAUUUUGGAUAAUUCUAAAUCUAAUUAUAUCCAGUUCUCUGUAUAUGAGACAUCUGAGGUUGAACCAAGGAUAUUUUUAGCUCAAUUUCAACUACAUGAACGGUUAGAUUUACAAUUUGGUAGAAGGGUCUUAGCAUAUCUUUUGAAUCUCCCGAAAAGAGUUAAAUGGGACUCACCCGAAUGUUUACAGACACCAGAAGAAGAAACUAGUGAAGUAGAAAAAUUUCAACAAGCAUAUAGAGAUUACGAUAUAGCCUCUAACUAA